AUGGUAGCAGCAGCCCAAUAUCAACCCUUGAAAUGCGGGGUCGGCGACCUUCCAGAAUCUCGUUACCAACGGCUGCGAGCUGUGAUAUCUAACCUCUGCGACCAAUUCAGACUCUAUUCCCCCCCGACGGUGUCCCAACACCCACUUGUCGUAUUUAUAGCAACUUCUAUAUUCUGGAUGAUCGUGCUGUUAGUCUCGCAUGUCGAUCCUGACAAAGCGUCCUCACGAACGCAUCGCAAACUUCCCUAUGAGUAUGGGACUUUUACAGACCGGUCCCGUCUUGUUACCUGCGGCAGUAGCAUCGAAGAUGCUAUUGAUGGAAAAUGCUAUUACGACAUCUUGAGCAACCAUUGGAUGCCAAGUCCAUGCAUGGACCAAGCGUCCGUGGAAGAGUAUCAAAAGGAUGGCUCAUGGUUCGGCUUUGCGGACGAGAAUAGAACGCAAAUGUUGACAGUCAUGGAAAUGUCCGAGCUCGAAUUUUAUUACACGUCGGAAAGAGACCACAUUGUUCAUUGUGCUAUGUUAUGGAGGAAGCAGUUCAGAGCCUUUGCGGAAGAGCGACCUAACAUUGACACGCUUAUCGCCAGCAAGGAGCAUACCGAUCAUUGCUCACAAUUCCUCAUCAACAUGACUGAUCGGGGACCAGAUUACUGGAACAUGCCUAUAAAAACACAUGUUGGUUUCGGCGGAUGUUGGAUCAAGGAACAGUGA